AUGUUGGGUAUACGCACCGUCCACCCAGCGACCUCGCUGUUGCGAUCCUUCAGCUCGUCAGCCGUUGCCUAUCGUUGCCCCUCUAUCAGAGAUGUCACAGUCGAGUCCACUGGAGAGUUCCUCAGACGACAGAAUGAGUUUCGCGCGAAGCUCAAGCAUACUUGUUUGAGAAAUGAACAGCAAAAGAAAUUUACUGAGCUUAUUCUCUAUGUACCGGCUUUAGGUGAAGACCAGAAUCGUGAAGCCGUCUCCAAAAGCGGACCAUUGUCCUCGCUCAUAUACGGCACCAAGCAAGGCCAAAAUUUCGAAAAGAAUAUGGCGCGAUCCUUUUCAGAGGUCCUGGCGCGCGGUAAAUAUGUCCAUUCCAUUGUCAUGCACGACGUCAAGCCCGACAAGGUCGAUGAUUAUGUUGAUUUGGUGGGCCAGUGGUACCCCUACAUGGCGGGUACCAAGGAGAACCGCGUUAAUCUGGUGGGCAGCUGGCGGACGCAAGUGGGUGACAAUGACACAUUUAUCCACAUCUGGGAAUACCAACGGUACGAAGGCUACCACGCUUCCCUUCACAAUAUCUCGGAGCACCCAGAGUUCCGUUGCUUCAAUCGCAAACUCAAGAGUCUUAUUAAGAGCAAAAAAACAUCAUUGAUGGAAGAGUUCUCAUUUUGGCCUACGACGCCGCCCCGCCGUCUCGGUGGACUGUUUGAGCUUCGAUCGUACACACUACAUCCGGGCAAACUCCUGGAAUGGGAAACGCAGUGGCGUCGUGGUCUUACAGCACGUCGUGAGGUUAUGGAGGGCGUGGGCGCAUGGCUUGUGCAGAUUGGUGACUUAAACACGGUGCACCACCUCUGGCAGUUUGCCAAUCUGGAAGAACGCAAGAUCCGCCGUAACCAAUCGUGGGACGUUGAGGGCUGGGCCGAGACAGUGCACAAGACUGUACCACUUAUCCAGACUAUGCAAAGUCGGAUUCUUGUUCCAAUGCUAUGGAGCCCCGUCGGUUAA